CAAUUUUUGCUAAACUUAUAUAUUUACGUGUAUGUAAAUAGAUAUUUAGCGUGUAAAAAAGUGUGGUGAUUUUGAUUUUCAUCUGCGUGGGCGGUACGAUCACAUGACAUCGUCUCCGUCACAGCGGACGGAGAUUCCUCUCCCUUCAGUUCCAGAUGGCGGACCCCUUGAUCUGGAGCCAAGCUUAUCGCUGGUUCCAGUCCAUGUUGUCACUGAUGCUUCUGAACUUCCGGUUGAAUUUCUCAAUCCCUCGCCUGAGAAGCCACUGAUUAUUGGUUUUGACUGCGAGGGUGUUGAUCUAUGUCGCUAUGGAACUCUUUGUAUUAUGCAGCUUGCAUUUCCAGAUGCAAUAUAUUUGGUUGACGCUAUUGAGGGUGGAGAGAAGCUUCUGAAAGCCUGCAAGCCUGCACUCGAAUCUACUCACAUCACCAAAGUUAUUCAUGAUUGCAAACGGGAUAGUGAGGCAUUGUACUUCCAAUUUGGCAUCAAGUUGCACAACGUAGUUGAUACACAGAUUGCUUAUUCUCUCAUAGAGGAGCAAGAAGGACGGAACAAGUUGCCUGAUGACAACAUAUCAUUUGUUGGCCUCCUUGCAGAUCUACGAUAUUGUGGAAUAUCUUAUCAAGAGAAGGAAGAGGUUCGCAUUCUUCUUAGACAGGACCCUAAGUUUUGGACGUACAGACCACUAUCAGAGUUGAUGAUUCGUGCAGCGGCAGAUGAUGUCCGAUUUCUUCUCUACAUCUAUCAGAAGAUGAUGGAGAAACUGAAUCAGCGAUCCCUGUGGUAUCUUGCACUUCGUGGUGCUCUUUAUUGCCGUUGUUUCUGUAUCAAUGACAUUGGUUACGCUGAUUGGCCAUCUCUCCCUCCUGUUCCAGAUUUCGAAGUGGCAGAAGGCGAUCCUCCUGAGGAAGAAAUCCUUUCAGUUCUUGAUGUUCUCCCAGGAAAGAUGGGGCGUAUUAUUGGAAGAAGAGGAUCUUCCAUUUUGUCAAUAAAGGAAUCUUGCAAGUAUGUCUCUCUCUCACACCUGAGUGCGGAAAUCAUAAUCGGAGGAGCCAAGGGUCCACCUGACAAGGAUUUAUCCACAAUGUUUGUGGCAGUGGUCGCGUUAUUGGUGAUGGUUCUUAAACGAAAACACGGUUUUUAUCAUAGGAUCAGUGAAACAGGUCAGAAAAGCAGAAGCCAUGCUAAGGGGGAGAAUGUUGGAUAUGUGACGAGGAACCUGUUUCUAUGCUCCAGGGAUGGUAUUUUCGCGAUGACCAUAAUGGCUAGAUUCCAGAUAUAUAGUAUUUGCUGCCUAAGAUUUUCAACUCUCCAUAGAUGAUUGUACAGCAGUGGCAGCUUUAAUAAAUCAACCGUUGUGUUACUGUCUAAACCGUUGUCCGAACCUGUAGGAGGUUUCAAUUUCAGAGAUCAAUGUUUGUUGAGUCAGCGGUGAUAGUUUUUGGGCAAAAAUAUAAUUUUGUCUUUUUUUUU